ACAUGUUUCUACUUUUAAUCGGUUUUGUUCGGUUUAUUCGGUUUAAUCGGUUAUAUACCAAACCAUAUCCAAAUCCUACGGUUUUUAUAAAAUUAUAUCCAUUCGGUUUAUAUAAUAUAUACCAAAACCAAACCAUAUUGUCUAUUUCGGUUCGGUUUGGUACGGUUCGGUUUUACCAUAUUGAACAGCCCUAGUCUCUCGGAAAAAAACGUAUUUAGUGCUACAGAGUGGAAUGAUUACUACACUUCCUAUGUUAUGUUUUUAUAACAUUUCUAAUCUUUUACUAAUAAGUUUAAAUAAUUAAGAACUGGGUACUGGUUCUCAUUACCUAUACACACGUUCCUUACGACGAUUAAGGUCGUGUGUUACAGUUCAGCUCUUAAUUUCAAACAUAUUAGUAAUCCAGUUUUGAAAGAUAUAAGUUGCCGUUGAACAAAAAAAGAAAGUUACAAGUUGCCAUUUUGACGUAUGAUACUAAACUUUAUAAGGAACUAUUUAUUUGCGUACAUUGAAAUAAGGUUAAUUCUAUUUAAAAAAAAAAUUAUCAAAAGAACUCAGAAAGAGUAAAAUGUUCAAAAGAGAUUUCGUUAAAGAAAAAAACUAUUUCAUUUAAGAGGAUAAAAAAAAUUCUAUCAUUCCAUAGAUAUUUAAACAUACAUAAUUAUCUAAUAAAUAAUAUAAAUAAAUAAAAAUAAUUUUUAUAUUAUAAUUUUUGAAUUAUACGUUUUGAAUUAAAAAAAUUUAUAAAAAAUUUGAAUAAUUUAUUUUUGAAAAUCUAAAACUUAAUAUUGAAGCUAUUUUUAUAAAUUUUAUUUGAAAUUUUUUAGUAUUUAGUAAAUUAUUCUUUAAAAUCUUAAAUUUCGCCCCUCAAAUCUAAACCAUAAGUUUAAAUUAGUUAAACCUCGAGAUAUAAAUGUCUAUUUACCUUUUAAAUAAACCUCUUUUAGCUAUUUUGACUCUUGAAAAUUAUAUUUGUGAUAAAAACUUUUUUAUAUUCAUCCUAAAGAAUUUCUCUUGCAAUAAUAACAUAGUGGUGUUAAAAAAUUACAUAGUAAAAUAUACAUAAUUAAAUAUCUUUCUCUUUACAUAAUCAAAUAUCAUUUGCGUUGACUUAGUUUAAUAAAAGAUUGCUUUUAAAAAUAAAUUAAUAGAAUGAUUACUAGUACUAAUCAUCAGUAAUACUUGAUUAGGCAAUGAACCUGUGAUGUUUGGGAUUGUAACAUCUCUUGGCGUAAACUUGAUUAGGCAAUGAACCUGUGAUGAACCUGUAUAUCUCUUGGCGUAAACUAUAUUAUAUACAUAAAAUAAAGUUUGGACCAUUUUGUAAGUUAUCUAAACUUCAUUCAAUUAUUAGCUUCAUUUCUACAAUUUGUGUUCUGUAAGUCUAUAACGACAGCUGCAAAAGGUUUUCUCCCACCAGAUUAAAUAAACAUUUAUGAUUUUGAUUGGUGGUCACAAAACAACUAAAAAUAUUAGUUGUAUUCCAUAUUAUGUCAGGCCAAGUGUUUUAGUUAUAUGCAUGAAUGUAUUAAACCAAAACAAGUUUAUAAGAAAAAACCAUAUUUCUAAGGAAUCAUCAUCAUCAAAAUAUAUUAUUUCAAGAUCGUGGACAUGAUGUAAUCUUUAUCUAGAAAACCAUCGAUCACCCUGUAUCCGAUCAUUAGACAACAACCCACAACAGGAGAUUGUCACACACACGCGUAUGCACAUAUCAACCAUGCAUUCUUGCACAUAUAUUCAUGUCAAUAUAUAAUAUAAAAAUAAAAACAGAGCAACGAGACACUAGUUUUACGGAUUCUGUACCCUUAAUCUUUUAUUAGAUGUUCACCUUUCUCGAUCUCUCUCAGUAUAAAUACAAACGAACCUAUUCCUUCAUUGUCACGUCCCAGAAACAUAUAUAACUUUAUCAUUCUGGAUAAACACACACACACAAAAAACACUGCCGUAAUUUCAAGAAAAUCUCCAAUAUUAUUAGUUAUAUUUUGAAGUUUAUUUGUUUGGUUUUGGAAAACCUCCAAUAUUGUUCAAAAUCGAUACUUAUACUUUACCAAUGGCUAAGUUCGGGAAGCUAACAAAGCUCAAGUCGGUCAUAAAGAAAUGGCCUUCCUUCAUCAAGAACCACCACUCAAGCACCGUAUCUACCACCACCUCCGCCACCGCCACCGAGGUCUCAAAAUGCAACGAUCUUCGACUAGUUUACGUUGGGAAGUCUCGAAGACCUUACAUGCUUAGUUCCCACGUCAUUGACCAUCCGCUUUUCCAGGAAUUACUUGAUCGUUCAUCGAGAUUCAUGGAAGAACGUCACGAUCAAAAGACAAUCUUAGUAGCUUGUGAAGUCGUAUUGUUCGAACACUUGUUAUGGAUGCUCAACAACAGUUGCUCCGAUCACAACGAUGAUGAUGAUGAUUGCGAAGGAGGAUCCGUCGAGGAAUUGGCUGAGUUCUACACUUAUUGAGGGCGAUAUAUUUUCUUUUUUCUUAUAAUAUAUCAUUUUUGUACCUAAUGAAAAUUUUGAUUUGAUAGUACAUUGAUCUGGUGGUGGCCACAGAACAUUUCCUUCGCUUUUGUUUUUUUUUUCCUCACCAAUUUUAAUACAGAUUUAGUACCCUUAGGACAUCUUCCCUAAUUAUAUUAGCUAGAGAUUGUAAUUCCAUCAAUAUGAUAAAAUUUAUGUACUAAUGAUUUUUGCUCCCUUUUUGAAUACAUACAUAGUACUUAUUUUGCAUGUGUUCUACUAUAGUUUUCAAAAGAAUAAAAUGAGCCGCCACAUGACGCGCAUGGCCACCCAGUUGCAUGCACCGUCUUACUUGCCUCUCUAGUGGCAGAAAUGGCUGUCACGGAUGAAUUAAUUAAUCAUAAAUCUAUUAGUAUAUAUAUAAGUUAAAACCUAUAGUGACUAAUGAGUUCACACAGUCACACUAUAUAUAUAGUAUGCACCCAUACAUGAUUUAAUAAUGGCGUCAAAUAUAAAUAGGUGAAUACACAAGCGAGGUAGGAACACAGUGAUAUAUAGUUGGACCAGGGAUGCAAGAGGAGUGAAGGACACUAGUGGUAUUCCUUAAUUCUAGUGCAGAGCUCAUGUUUAACUGCGAACUUAGUCGGCGAUAAUUACUUGAUUAGGUAUAUGAUUCUGUAAAGAUUUGCAAUAUAUAGUGUGCAUGGUUUACGGGUUCUAUAAAAAUGGAAUGCUUUUUAACUCCAUCAUCAUCAUCAU